CGAGCCAACACCACAAGGAGCAGGGUAUGCGCCGUGCCGUUUACCUUCAAUACGAGAUGCUCCCAGUCGAUUCCGUUGGUAAAGUGGUCGAUCAGCUGCUGAACGAUUGGUCCAAGAUCGUCUACCUGUACACGCUGGUACACGAGUUCCAGGAGCAGCUGGCCAACGAAAAGUACAAUCUUGCCAGCAUGGUAACGAUUAAAUCGUACAGUUACACAAACCUCCUGCUAGCGUACGGCCCCAACAAGGACGUCAGCGUCAACAUUUGCUGGGACACGGAAGCCAAAGAGUUCAAGCUCGUGUUUACCGGUGGCAACAGUGCGAUCAAUGCACACUCGAUGAUGCGCGAUCAGCUCCAGGCUCACCUGAACCACAACUACAAUCUGGCCCAGAUCGUGCACAUACUGCACGAGACGUACCAACCGCUCAGUUCGAUCGCCAAACUGCCGAUCAUUCCGCAUUUGGCCAUACUGCAAUCGCCCAAAAUACCGGUGCUGUCGUUCUGCAUCAUCCCGCAAUCGCCAACUCUGCUGCGGAUCUCCUUCCAGGGUGUAUACUGCCUAGAGGUGCGGUUCCGCGGUGGUGGCCUCUGUACGGUCCGGGACGGAGCUUACAGUCGCUUCGAUCGGACGCACGUGGUCGAAGAGUUCACUCCAACGCAGGGCCUGAAGGGUUUCCUCUCAAAGUACGUCGAUGAGAGCGUCUUUCGGCGACGAUCCCAGUCGGAGGAUGAUAAUCCCCCAUCACCGGUGACGAUGGAAGAUCCUUCACAUAUGGUGGGAUCCGUUAGUGGUGGUGUGGGUGGUGGUGGUGCUGGUGCUGGUGGAGGCACUGGAGCAAAUAAUCUGUUCGGUGGUGGUGCUGGCGGUGGCAUGCGUGGACCACAGAGUCCACGAGAUCCGGGUUUAAGGUUUGCGGCACCAUUGACACCACCGACCGGAUCGAAUCCCCACACACCGGCCAGUCCACAUCCACAGGUGGGUGGUUCCGGGGGUGCCGGAGGGCCAGGAGGUGGUGGUGGUGGGGGUGGAGGACAGGGUGGUGCCGGUGGGCAGGGAAGUCAUAUGAAUAACUUCAACAUGACCUCACCACCGGCCUCCCAUAUGCCACAUCCAUCACCGAGCGGUGGUCUAAUGCCUUCCUCACCGCUGAAUGCACAGCCGAGCCCUAUGGCGGCGCAUUCACCGGGUCCCAGUAACCUUGCUUACAUGCAGAGCCACACCGAUGGUAGCCCGUUUGCUGCCCUAUCACCGGCUGCCUCCAAUUGGCCCGGUUCACCGGGUAUGCCAAGACCAUCACCGAGACCAGGCCAAAGUCCCGAGCAUAAAGUACAAACACCACAUCAUUACACGGCGCGCGUUAUUCCGGCACGAUCAUGGGCCGGUGCUAUACCGACGCUGCUCACGUACGAAGCGCUCGAUACGCUGUGCCGUGCCACGUCACACCCGCAGAAGGAAAUCCCAGGACCGGAACUAAGUCCUCUCGAGCGCUUCCUUGGGUCGGUGUUUAUGCGUCGCCAGUUGCAGCGUAUCAUCCACCAGGAGGAUAGUCUGAUGGCAAUUCAAUCGAACGAACCGGGAGUGGUCGUGUUCAAGGCCGAUUGUCUGCAGUACCAGGUGUUUCUGAAUCCGAACCACAUGCAAUCGCUACACCUGAAGGCGAACCAGCUGCAGAUGGGAGGCAACACGAUGAUGGACGGUAAACCGGUCUACCAGUGGGCGAACGAAGAUUUGCAGGUGCUGGAGCAGUUCUUCGAUCAGCGUGUGGCCGCACCACCCUAUCGGCCUUCGGUCAUGACCAGUUUCACGCGUAUGCUCAAUCUACCGGCCAAGGUGCUGAUGGACUUUAUACAGAUCAUGCGGCUCGAUCUGAUGCCUGAGCUGGGCCAGGGUAACAAGUGGAACGUACAGUUCGUCCUCCGGAUGCCACCAUCGGCGACACCGAUCGUACCCGUUGGUACCACGACGAUCCUAUCGCAUCGGCAGAAGAUACUUUUCUUUAUACAGAUUACGCGCGUUCCGUAUCUACCGAAUAUGGAGUGGAAGGAUGCGGUUACGAUGCUACUCCCGAUGGUGUACGAUAUGAACAUGAACCACACGACGCUGGCGGAACGAAGGGAACCGAUGCCACCGCAGCUCACCAGUGCCGUCAGUGCACAUCUACGUCGCUUCUCCGAGUGUUCGGUACUGCAGCAGGGUGAAUGUUCACUCUUCCCGGCCGUACGGGAUCUGCUACUGACGCUGACACUCCCCAAUGAACCACCCGUCCCGGGACAGAUGCCAAUGCAGCUUGGUGGUGUCAUGCAACAGGGCGGUCCAGGAGGACCCGGUGGCCCGGGUGGACCGAUGGGAGGACAAAAUACGGGACCUACGGGGCAGGUGGUUGUCGGGCCGGUCGGUUCGAGCCCCAAUCCCAUGAUCCACUCACCGAUGCAACAGCAACAGAUGGUCGGUGGUGGUGGUGGUGGAGGCCAACCGCAGGGUAACUACGGUGGAAUGGUCGGAGGUGGUGGACCACAAUCCGGUGGUGGACCGAAUUGAAGAGCACCGGAGCACCGUGCCUCUUCGUUGUGUGAGCGUUUUUGUGUAUAAGAAAAUCAAAAAUCUAUUUAAUCCAGAUACUAUUUGUGUAAAAUAUAUUCCUUUGAAGUGA